AGCUCUGAAGGAAGGCUGGGCGCGGCGCGGUCUGCUCUGCCUUGGCUCCAGCCCACAACCCAAGUCUCUCUUUAUCUUUCUGGAAACUGUUCCUGUAGGGACCCGAAGAGCUCGGGAGCCGCAGCUGGCACAGGCCACUGUCUCCGCCUGAUCCAUUCAUUCGAAACCGGUCUUUUCUCCAAGUCCAAGUUCCUCGCGUGUUGCCGCUUAGAGCGGCGGGCAGCGACAUGGAGAAGAGCGGCGAGACCAACGGCUACCUCGACGGCACCCAGGCAGAGCCUGUGGCCGGGCCCCGAACGCCCGAGACGGAGACGGGCAAAGCGCAGCGCUGUGCUAGCUUUUUUCGGCGCCACGCGCUGGUGCUGCUCACCGUGUCGGGGGUGUUGGUGGGCGCCGGCAUGGGCGCGGCGCUGCGCGGGCUGCAGCUCACCCGCACUCAAGUCACUUACCUGGCCUUCCCCGGCGAGAUGCUGCUCCGCAUGCUGCGCAUGAUCAUCCUACCGCUGGUGGUUUGCAGCCUGGUGUCGGGCGCCGCCUCCCUGGACGCCAGCUCCCUCGGGCGUCUGGGUGGCAUCGCGGUUGCUUACUUCGGCCUCACCACGCUGAGCGCCUCUGCGCUCGCCGUUGCUUUGGCGUUCAUCAUCAAGCCAGGGGCGGGCGCGCAGACCCUUCAGUCCAGCAGCCUGGGGCUAGAGAACUCAGGGCCUCCUCCGGUCUCCAAAGAGACUGUGGACUCUUUCCUGGAUUUACUCAGAAACCUCUUCCCUUCCAAUCUUGUGGUGGCCGCGUUCACUACGUCUGCAACCAAUUACACAGUGGUGACCUAUAACACCAGCUUGGGGAACGUGACCAAAGAGAAGAUUCCCGUCGUCACAGAUGUUGAAGGGAUGAACAUUUUAGGACUGGUCCUUUUUGCCCUGGUGUUAGGAGUGGCUCUAAAGAAGCUAGGCCCCGAGGGAGAAGAGCUCAUCCGAUUCUUCAAUUCCUUCAAUGAGGCAACGAUGGUGCUGGUGUCGUGGAUCAUGUGGUAUGUACCUAUAGGCAUCAUGUUCCUGAUUGGAAGCAAGAUUGUGGAAAUGAAGGACAUCAUCAUGCUGGUGACCAGCCUCGGGAAGUACAUCUUUGCAUCUAUACUGGGUCACGUUAUCCAUGGAGGGAUUGUCCUGCCUCUUGUCUAUUUUGCUUUCACCAGGAAAAACCCGUUCAGGUUCCUCCUGGGCCUCCUCACCCCGUUUGCAACAGCUUUUGCGACCUGUUCCAGCUCAGCAACUCUUCCAUCUAUGAUGAAGUGUAUUGAGGAAAACAAUGGUGUAGACAAGAGGAUCAGCAGGUUCAUCCUCCCCAUUGGGGCCACAGUCAACAUGGAUGGAGCAGCCAUCUUCCAAUGUGUGGCCGCAGUGUUCAUCGCCCAGCUCAACAAUGUGGACCUGAACGCAGGACAGAUUUUCACCAUUCUAGUGACUGCCACAGCAUCCAGUGUCGGAGCAGCAGGUGUGCCUGCUGGAGGGGUCCUCACCAUUGCCAUCAUCCUGGAGGCCAUUGGAUUGCCCACACAUGACCUCUCUCUGAUCCUGGCUGUGGACUGGAUUGUGGACCGGACCACCACUGUGGUGAAUGUGGAAGGGGAUGCCCUGGGAGCCGGGAUCCUCAACCACCUGAAUCAGAGGGCAGUGAAGAAAGGUGAGCAGGAGCUGCAAGAAGUGAAGGUAGAAGCCAUUCCCAAUUCCAAGUCUGAGGAGGAGACGUCGCCUCUGGUGACACACCAGAACCCGGCAGGCCCAGCGACCAUUGCUCCAGAACUUGAAUCCAAGGAGUCGGUGCUGUGAUGGUGUUGGGUCUUGGGCCAGCCUGCUAGUACCAGCAACCCUGGUAGCCUGCCCCACUGAUGUGGGCAUGGCCCUCGCAGACUUUUCGUCUCCCAAGGAAUGCUUUGGCCCAAUCACCAGUUUGAGAGUGACCUCUCAGCACAGGCAUGGGGCUCCCAGGCCAAGACUGCUAACUGAGGACUAGAACCCCUGACGUUUGUCUCCAUCCAUGUCUCCGUGGAGCUGUGGACACACCUUGACUCUAUUGGGGGAACCCCUUCGAGCAGCCAGGCCUGAGGGCUUCCAGGCUCACACAGGCCUGGGGAUAAAUGUAGGGGGAAUGCAGAUGGAUUCUUCACUGUCCCCCAGGAGCUCUGCAUCCAGUGCUUUCUGGGCAAGCCAGAGGGUUUGCAGUUGUCUAUUACAUUGUCUCUGCAGCAGCAGACACUGAAGAACUUCCCAGUGUCUUAGACUGAGCUGGAAUCUACUGAGCUGGCGUUUGGGUUAAAGGCCAAUGCUCCACUUGUGAGGGUGGCUUCUGAGGGACCAGAGGUAAAACAACGUAGAGAUACUCCAUGUGGUGGUUAGCACAGCUUGAGUAAACCAUAAACUCUGAGGUCGGGGCAGACCGGGGAGCACCCUAAACAGGAUGAGACAGGAUUCUUCCCAUUCUAGACUGAGGCACUUCUCUGCUUCUGUAGAGCGAGCGAGUGAGUGAGUGAGGCCUGGCCUUCUGCCAACACUUCCCCUCCAUUUCCAUUUGGAUUUAGCCGCAGAUCGACCGUAGGACCUCCUCCUCCGGGAGGGGUGAUGUGGUCACAGCGUUGCCGCCUCAUAUUGGUUGGUCAGUCUAUUACAGUUUGACUAGGUCCUUCCUAAAAUGUUGCCAAGCUACAAAUCACCCACGCACUAAUCAAGGCUGUUCCCAGACCCCUGUCUGGCUUCCACAGUAAACUACUUGCUUGUGUGUGACCUAUGGUUCGUCCUGGGUCUGAUGUAACCUGCCUCUUACCUACUUCAUUGAGAUCUGAUAAGGCCACGGAUAAAUCUGUGGAAAUUAUUUUUUUGCAUCUUGGAAGUCAAGUUCCAGUACCUGUAAGUGCCCAGUUUACCUGAGAGACAGCUUUCUCCAUGAAGGCCGCCUGUUGGCAUGAGCAGCUCCCCUGAAUUGUUAUCCUCAUACUUCAGAACUCGAGUUCUGAAGAGUUGUGAAAACAUUCAACACAGCCUCUUCUUAAUGAGCUACUCAACUUCUACCCCAUUUCUGGGUACCCAACUCUGUUACUCUCAACCCACAGUUUCUGCCAACCCCACCGUAACAGGAGAUAAGUCCCUAAGUCACUGGCUUCGCUCUUCAUCUUGCUUUCUCUAUUGUGUUAUUGCCGGACCCCCACAUACUUGGGACAGAGGCCAUUUUAAAAUGGGGCCUGUGCCUGAGUGAAGGGAUGGGCGAAGAGCAGAGCCCACGCAGCCAGGGUGAAGGCCCAGGUCUUUAAACCAGCGGAGCCAUUUCACUCCCCUGUGGGGCCAGGAGUAACCAGGACCUAAGCAGGGAGUGGCAAACCUUGUUGCCAACACCGUUUUUUUAAAGGGGAAUCAAUCACAUUGUUUGAUUACGAGUGAGCAGCUGGUAUUUUUUUUAAGUUUCAGUGUAUCUUAUCCUCUGUAUUUACAUAUACUUUAGGUAGUGUGUGUGUGUGUGUGUGUGCGUGCGUGCUUUUAGCUCCAAGCAAGUCUGAGUUUGUAUAAAGGGGAACUAAACUACAAAUUAUGUCUUUGGCAUCCAUUUCUGAAGAAUCUUAUUAAGUAGGGAUUGGAACUGGACAGUGAAACCCACUGGCUGGACACUCAAGUCUCAACCUGGACCCACAGUAACAAGCGCUGCUGUGGUCGGAGGAAGGUGCUUCCGUGUGACAUGCUUGGGAUCUCCUUGGAGGCCAAAAGAGGAGGUGGUCCCACACCUCCCUGAGUUCUGGCUCUCAGAGAAGUUGAUGGAGUUUCGUAACGGGGAAGAAACCACCACAACUGUCUGAAAUGUCUCUUGGCUAUUUUUCUAACAUGUUCAUCUCUUGAUGUUUUGUGUAUGUGUGACAUUUGCCUUAAAACAUAGCACAGCCAUCAAAAAUGAGUACCGUAUUUUUACUGGCA